GGUGAAUACACUAGGAAAACAAUAACGGAGAAAACACAAUGAAUGCUUAAUGAGUUAAGAUUACCGAGAAAAUAUACGGUUGCCGUUGAAACCAAACAUGUCCGUUUAAACAUCAGGCUCUGGUCUCCUUCGUAGCAAUGAGAUGGUCAACAAAGGGCCGGCCGGUCGGCCUUAUUUGAGGACGUUAGGAUUACUACUUGUGAUCAGUCUUUAUCUUCGAUGUUCUUCUACUGAAUCAGAAAAGUUUAGAUCCAAACGGGAGAAGAUUUACACGAAUGGAUGGGCGGUGAAAGUCACGGGCGGAUUUGAAAACGCGAAGGUUAUCGCCAAACGACAUGGCUUCGCAAAAGUCGAAAAGAUCGGAACACUUGAAGAUUAUUAUCAUUUUGAACACCCAACACAUCCGAGACGAUCAAGACGCAGCGCUGAUGAGAUGACAGACUUACUUCACGCCCACCCAAACGUUCACUGGGCAGAACAACAACACGAGAAAAUCCGGGUAAAACGGGGUGCAUAUCACGACGCCAUGGUCAAAAGACAUGCUCAGGUGAAAUUUAGGGAUCCUUUGUGGAACUUUCAAUGGUACUUGGACGACACACGAAAAGGUUUUGAUAUGGAUGUUCACGUUAUGUCAGUGUGGAGGCAAGGCAUUACUGGGAAAGGAGUUGUUGUCACCAUACUGGAUGACGGUGUUGAACAUAAUCAUACGGACUUGAUGCGGAAUUACGAUCCCGCUGCAAGUUGGGAUGUGAACGGAGGCGACCCAGAUCCAUUUCCAAGAUAUGAUCGUACAAACGAGAACAAACACGGAACGCGAUGUGCAGGAGAGGUUGCAGGCCAGGCGAAUAACCAUAAAUGUGGGGUCGGAGUGGCUUUUAAUGCUCGCAUCGGAGGUGUACGAAUGUUGGAUGGUCGCGUCACUGACAAGGUCGAAGCAGAAUCUCUCAGUCUCAAUCCUCAGUACAUUGAUAUAUACAGCGCAAGCUGGGGGCCUAGUGACGACGGGACGACAGUUGAAGGACCGGGAACUUUAGCAACGGCAGCCUUUUUAAACGGGAUCAAAAAGGGUCGAGAUGGAAAGGGCUCCAUCUUCAUUUGGGCGUCAGGAAACGGCGGACGUCACGACGACAGCUGUAAUUGUGAUGGAUACACGAACAGUAUUUAUACAUUGUCGAUCAGUUCGUCGUCGGAUCACGGAGAGUCGCCGUGGUAUUCCGAAGCGUGUUCGUCGACACUCGCCACUACAUUCAGCAGCGGAUCCAGAGGAGAGCUUAAAAUAGCGACAACGGAUCUUCAUAAUCAAUGCACCGAAAAGCACACAGGAACGUCAGCAUCGGCCCCCCUGGCAGCUGGAGUCAUUGCUCUAGCUUUGGAGGCAAACCCCAACCUCACCUGGCGAGACAUCCAGCAUAUUGUGGUAUGGACGUCAAAAUGGCGACCAUUAUCUCAUGACACGGACUGGAAUGUAAAUGGUCUUGGAAGACACGUGAAUCUCAAGUUUGGUUUUGGUCUCCUUGACGCUCACGCCAUUGUUGCUCUGGCCAAGUUCAAGAAGAAAGUUCCGGAGAAAACGAUUUGUCAUGGACAGAUCAAUCAGGAUAGAAAACCAAUCCUUCAUGACAAAGGUUUGGCUGUAAAGAUCAAAGCAAACGGCUGUCAAAGCAACCAGGAUGAGCUGCGUUAUUUAGAGCACGUUCAGCUCGUGCUAACCCUGGACUAUAGUCGGAGAGGCGAUCUAGCCAUAGAUCUCACUUCUCCGAUGGGAACAAAAUCCCGGCUACUAUCCCCGCGGGGAGAAGAUCUCUCUGACGAGGGCUUCAUGAAAUGGCCGUUCAUGACGACGCAUUCCUGGGGUGAGGAUCCUCGCGGGAUCUGGACAUUGGAGAUAAACGACGAAGGCGAUUCCCGCGCGAACCAUGGCAUGCUAAGGGAGUGGGGAUUAGUCUUGCACGGUACGAAAGAUAAACCACCCUAUCAACGGGUUAGACACCCGGAUAAACCCCGCCCGACCAAGCCUGUCCCCCCACGCAAACCAAACCACAUGGGCGACAAACCCCCGGAUGGCCCCACGUACACGUUUGGCCCGGCGCCAAAUUUGCAAACUAUCAAAUAUAAACCUUUGAAAGAACACGCUAAGAGUCAAACCCAGCAGAAGCCAGCUGAAAACAUUUAUCGCGAAGCAAUGUCUGAGACCAGAACUAGCAUACCCCAGGCGCCAGCUUGGAGCAACAGCUACCAGCAAAACCUCGCGCCUCAGACACCGCCCAUCGCCUCAUACGAGACGGUACAAAGCCCCGCGUACAAUUACCCGAGUCGGAGUUUUGGUACCUCGGAUGUUAAUGCCCCGUAUUACGGGCAAAUGCAGCCAAGACUCGCAUAUGAUAGAUGGAAUAGCAACUACAUGAAUUACCCUUCGAAAACGUACAACACUUAUAAUUAUUUGAGAUCUAGACGAAAGCGAAGGUCUCUGGAUUAAAAUAAAAUGUGCCAGGUUGUACAUUUCUAAAAUAAAUGUGUAUAAAACACCUGUUUCCCAAAUAAAAACGUUUUUCAAUUGUAAUUUCACAAGCA